UCUAUCCCUAUGCAGAUGCUACUCCGUCAUAUGAACUAUGUAAUCUAUGCCUAUGCAGGUGCUACGGAUGUUGGUGAGGCGACUCAAUGCUUUCUGCAAUGGUUGGAAACCAACGGCAUUCGCGCGGAUGGCCAAGUGGUGGCUAUAGAAGAGUACGGAGUCAUGGGCAAAGGCCUGGUGGCCAAACGGGACUUGAAGGCGGGUGAACUCAUGGUGCGCGUGCCUAGCAAACUGUUCAUGUCUACAGCCACGGCCAUGGCUUCUCCUCAAG